AUGUCUCACGUACUAGCUAUUUUGAUUAUUUUAUUAGGUGUGGCUUUUUUAAUUGUGGUAGAGCGUAAAGGCUUAGGAAUAAUACAAUUCCGUCAGGGUCCAAAUAAGGUAGGUUUAAAGGGGAUAUUACAACCCAUUGCUGACGGGGUAAAACUGUUUACAAAAGAAUUUUCUCUGCCUUAUUCAAGGUUUAUUGGGGUGUAUCUGGCAGGUCCUUUUCUGUGCUUUUUUCUUUCAUACUGUGUAUGAGUGGUUUUUCCUUCAUUUUAUAGAACAAGUCGUUUUGAUUUGCCUGUGCUUUUUAUUCUGUGUGUAUCAAGAAGACACGUUUUCGGUGUGUUUCUGGUAGGAUGGUCGGCUGAUUCCCGUUACUCUUUCUUAGGAGCAAUACGUGGAGUGGCUCAAACAAUCUCGUAUGAGAUCGUUUUUACAACUAUUAUCUUAAUUCCAUUAGUAAUAAUUAGGUGUUUGAGCUUAGUAGAUUUUCGGGUAAGGGGUAUAGGAAUAUUCCUAAUGUGUAUAGAGGUUUUUUUGAUGUGAAUAAUCGUAAGGUUGGCUGAGCUAAAUCGAGCUCCUUUUGAUUUUGUUGAGGGGGAGUCUGAGCUUGUGUCUGGUUAUACUGUUGAGUUUGGUGGGGCGGGUUUUGCUUUAAUUGCCUUAGGGGAAUACGGAAGAAUUUUUUUUAUAAGAAUACUAACCGGUGUAAUCUUUCUAAGGGUCGGUAGAGGGGGGGCAAUUUCAAAUUUAAUAUUCAGGGUGUGAAUAGUUCUAUUCUCCUAUUUUUUUGUGGGUAUUCGAGGAAGAAUACCACGUUAUCGUUAUGACUUGCUUAUAAGGUUUUGCUGAACUAAACUACUUCCACUCAGUUUAAGUCUUUUGGCCUUUUACUUCUGUCUUGGUAUUUUAUUUUAA